ACACCCCAGCCUCUGUGCAGGGGUCCAGAGCCGAGGCCCGAAGGGGCCCUGGAGGGACCCAAUGAAGACACUACUGACCAUCCUGACGGUGGGAUCCCUGGCCGCUCACACCACUGUGGACACAUCCGGUCUCCUUCAACACGUGAAAUUCCAGUCCAGCAACUUUGAGAACAUCUUGACGUGGGAUGGUGGGCCCGCUAGCACCUCUGACACCGUCUACAGUGUGGAAUAUAAGAAAUACGGAGAGAGAAAGUGGCUGGCCAAGGCGGGCUGCCAGCGGAUCACCCAGAAGUUCUGCAACCUGACUAUGGAGACCCGCAACCACACUGAGUUUUACUACGCCAAGGUCACGGCGGUCAGCGCGGGAGGCCCACCAGUCACAAAGAUGACUGAUCGUUUCAGCUCGCUGCAGCACACUACCAUCAAACCGCCUGAUGUGACCUGUAUCCCCAAAGUGAGGUCCAUUCAGAUGCUGGUCCACCCCACACUCACACCGGUCCUCUCGGAAGAUGGCCACCAGCUAACCCUGGAGGAGAUUUUCCAUGACCUGUUCUACCGCUUAGAGCUCCACGUCAACCACACCUACCAGAUGCACCUUGAAGGCAAACAGAGAGAAUACGAGUUCCUUGGCCUGACUCCCGACACAGAGUUCCUCGGCUCCAUCACAAUUUUGACUCCGAUAUUGUCCAAGGAAAGUGCCCCCUACGUGUGCCGAGUGAAGACGCUGCCCGAUCGGACGUGGGCCUACUCCUUCUCGGGCGCCGUGCUCUUUUCCAUGGGUUUCCUCGUCGGCUUGCUCUGUUAUCUGGGCUACAAAUACAUCACCAAGCCACCUGUACCUCCUAACUCCCUGAACGUCCAACGUGUCCUGACCUUUCAACCCCUACGCUUCAUCCAAGAACACGUACUGAUCCCUGUCUUGGACCUCAGUGGCCCCAGCAGUCUGCCUCAGCCCAUCCAGUACUCCCAAGUGGUGGUGUCUGGGCCCAGGGAGCCUCCUGGAGCUGUGUGGCGGCAGAGCCUGUCUGACCUCACCUACGUAGGGCAGUCAGAUGUCUCCAUCCUGCAACCUACCAACGUGCCAGCUCAGCAGACACUGUCCCCACCAUCCUACGCUCCGAAGGCUGUCCCUGAGGUCCAGCCCCCUUCCUAUGCGCCUCAGGUAGCCUCGGAUGCCAAAGCUCUGUUCUACUCACCACAACAGGGGAUGAAGACCAGGCCUGCCACCUAUGACCCGCAGGACAUUCUGGACAGCUGCCCUGCUUCUUAUGCUGUGUGUGUGGAAGACUCUGGCAAAGACUCUACCCCAGGCAUCCUCUCCACUCCCAAAUACCUCAAGACAAAAGGUCAGCUCCAGGAAGACACACUUGUUAGAAGCUGUCUCCCAGGGGACCUUUCUCUACAGAAAGUCACCUCCUUAGGUGAAGGGGAGACACAGAGACCAAAAUCACUCCCCUCACCUCUGGGAUUUUGCACAGACAGAGGACCUGACCUUCACACACUGCGCAGUGAGGAACCAGAGACACCACGGUACCUGAAGGGGGCGCUGUCUCUCCUGUCCUCUGUGCAGAUCGAGGGCCACCCUGUCUCCCUCCCUUUGCACGUCCAUUCUGUCUCAUGUUCCCCCUCAGACGAGGGACCAAGUCCCUGGGGCCUGCUGGACUCCCUUGUGUGUCCAAAGGAUGAGGGUCCCGCGGUUGAGACUGAGGCCAUGUGCCCCAGUGCUGCAGCCUCUGAGCUGGAGCAGUCCACAGAACUGGACUCUCUUUUCAAAGGCUUGGCCCUGACUGUGCAGUGGGAAUCCUGAAGGGAGAUCGGAGCAAGCAGGCCUAAGUUUCCUUCUGCCCCACCCAGCUAACACACCCACACCCACUAAGUCACAGGUUCUAGGGCCCAGCCCCGGGUGGGUGCCCUCGAGAGAAUGAGAGGAAGAUUUGGGCCCCAUGUGGGAACACAAAUGUACGGUGAAGACUCUAGUGGAGAAGCUACAGGCAGGCGGCGUGUGCGAAUAGCCUGUGGCACAGGGCCCAGCAGGCAGGUCACACAGAGUGGGGUAAUGCAGGGAAAUCUGGAGAGCCACCCAGCUCCCUCAACCAAGAGUGAGGCAUUCACCAUCUCUGAAGGUUCUUGGACUGGAAGCUGGGGACCAAGUGUAACAGGCACUUCAGCCAAGGCCAGAGGCCACACAGCAGCAAGACUUGAGAGCAGAGUGCAGUGGAGGCUCACUCCCAGUCAGGGAACCUUUCUUUGCUCUACUGUGAGAGGCUUCACCCAGGAGUGACUCCUUAAUCCAUCAGGAGGUGAGGGGUGUUGCAUAAAGGUUUUCUGCAGUCAGGCGUCCAGAGAAAAGCAUUUGAAAGGAGCAUGGCGCCUUGGAAGCCAAAGGCUUUUGAAUCUCGGCUUGUCUGGGGUCACAUUCCAGCCUCUCUACCAUCUACAGGACUUCAAGCAAGUGAAGUGAGUGAGCUCAGACCUCAGCUUCUCCAUCAAUGAAAUGGGCGUCAUCACACUUACCUUCUGGGGUGGUGCCAAGGAUGGCAUUAAUGUCUGGGAAUUGCUUUGUAGCACCCAGCACAGGGCAGGCUCUUGGCUGCUGUCUCCUGCUGGGAUUUUUUUUUUUAAUCUGGAAACACGAGGAAUGCCUCCUUCUGUUCUCAAAUGGCUCAUGGGUGUUUUCUCAUGGAUUAGAGACUGUUGCAGGCAAGAACUGGAAUAUCUAGGGCAGACAUGAACAGUCUCUACAGAGCCUUCUGGAAACAGGCCCAGAGAAACAACGAAUGGCACAGAGCCUUCUCUUUGAGGUUGCAGGUAGAAGCUGUUUGGGCAGAGGCCAUCUCACCGGGCUUUCUCUGCAUGGAGGGAGCCCCAGGCCUCUGCUGUCUGCCCCACCUGGAGAUACAUCAUCAGCAUUCCACCACCCUGGCCCUCUGGCCCCUGCCUGCACACAGCAAGAAGAAGCCUUUACUCUCUGCUGUCAGGAAGCUGUGUCUGUCAUAUCACUCUCAGAUGGGCCUCACCAGGAGGAAGCCAAGGCCCGGGCCAAUGCAGGGCUCUGCUGUGGAGUCUACAACUCAAACACAGGGCCCUUGUGCCAAGGGCGGAUGCUCUCCGCCCUGUUUGAAUUCUUGGGGGCUGAGUUUGGCAGGACACAAAGUAAGGGGGCCCCAGUGGAGUUCCUGAGAGAUAGGUGCCCUCCGUAACACCUUCUUGCCCCAGAUUUCUGAGACACAACACCAGACUCCAUUUGCGUCAUCGCGGCCCUCCAGAGGUACACUGUGUCCUUCUGCCGUGCUCACCUGUGUUUCCCCUUCUUUUCCCCACCGGAUCCCCUUGAUGACACACGGUGACAGGUGGGUCUCUUAUCUACAUGUCAUUAAUAUUUAACCUCCCUCUAAGGUCAUUGACUCCAUAUCUCAGGCCAAAGGUUAACUGUCUUUACUUCCUUUACAAUCGAAUGGCUGGUCUUUUCUUGCCUGGUCAGUACAACCAGGGUUACAGAGCGCUUUUAUAGAAGGCCAUAAACUGGCUGUCAGCUCCCAGGGCUAUAAGUGUGGCAACCAUGGUAACAAUGAGGGAGAAGCUGGAGUGUCUGAGGAGGAGCCCUGCAGCCUCCUUCUGAGAGCCUCUCUCAGAGAGAUCACCACACACCUCCCUGGCAUCCCAGGCCCAUAGCUGGGCUGGAUCCUCCCUGCUACAAGACAAUCUGUCAAAGUCCCACCAGGGAUGGAUGGUAAGCUUGGCUUUUCUGAGAGCCUGACACUCUGACCCAGUAGCCUGAAAAGUCUCCAGCCCUGCCUGCUGUGCUCUGUCCCACCCAGGAGUCUCCAAGUCUCCUGUCUAACAAGGAAGGCCAGAGCCAGGGGUAAAAGAAUAGUGACCUUAGCAUCCCCCCAACUUUAUCCUCCAGGGAACGUUCCAAGUCCCUGGACCCCUGUCCAGCCAGAACUCACAAGCCCUGCACAGACAAGGAGAGCUGUGACUGCAGCCCAACAAAUAGUAGACUCACCUAAAACGGCAGAGUUUGGGGUUUGGGUUUGUUUUGUUUUGGUGAUGCAGUUGUCUGGUUUUCCAAGUGUGAAGAUGACAGUUUUGCAUCCAGAUGAUGCUUCAAGCCACAGAUGCCACUGAGCCUGCAGAUGCUCUGCUCUGUGAUAAAGCUUAAUCUAUAAACCAGGCAGGAAGGGACAAACAGACGCAUAACGGAACGGCAACUGUAGCAAGUGCAGUAAAGGUUACUUGAACACAAAUACUUAGGUACCAAAAACCAGUCUGACUGAAUGAUGUGGUGUGUAGCAUAUAGAGUGGACCACAGGACGAGGCUUGUGGCUGGAUAAAACAGGAUAGCAGCUGGGAUGGUCAUGGGGAGAGGUGGCCAUGGUAUGCGCGCACACACACACACACACACACACACACACACACACGCACGUGUGUGUGUGUGUGUGUGUGUGUGUGUGCGCGCGCGAGCGCUCACGUCUGUAUGUGAUGAGAAUCUGGUUUUUUUUAGAAACCCAGUUAUGUUAUGUGAAUGCGGUUUUGCUUUAAUCCUAGGCGUGGGAUAAGAGACUGCUUCGCAGCAGGUGACUAUGAUUUGCCUCAUGCUCUAGCAAGGGUGUGCUUUUGCCAGCAGCAGCUAGUUACUAUAAGUGUGUAAUGUUUGGAAUUCUGGAAACUUUUCAAGGGGGUAUAAAUGGCAGAGCCCUGAGCGGGGCUGAGCUCACUCUGAGGAGGCUGUUGCUCCCCACUGCUGCUGGCUCCUGUUGUGGUGGUUUGUCAAGUGGUUGGGAGCAAAGUGAAAAGAAGAAAUUGUAGAUAUCCUUACAAUGACAAAGACUGAACUUACCCCAAGGAACUCGACACCUUAAAUCAGCAGGAAGUAGUCGAAAAAGGUCAAGGUCCCCUUUCACCUUCUUUCUCUUCUACCUACUGGGGGGUUGGAAGGGAGUAAGGAGGAAUAAGGGUGGUAGAUAUAAGGACUCAAUAAAGUAGCACAAAAAGUACACCAAUGUGUGCUCACAUUCGUGUGUGUGUGUGUGUGUGUGUGUGUGUGUGUAUUUGUGUGUGUAUAUGCACAUGCAACUGUGAGAACGCCAGAAGUCAACAUCAGUGUUCUUCAAUCACACCCUACCUUACUUUCUGAGAGUCUCUCAUUGAAUGUGGAGCUCUCUGAUUGGCUAAACUGGCUGACCAUCAAGAUCCCAGAAUCAUCCUGUGUCUGCCUCCCAGUGCUGGAAUCACAGCCACAUGCCCGGCUCAGGUCCUCAAGAUUGCUCUACAAGCAGUUUACCCACUGGACCGUCUCUGGAGCCCUCAGAUGCUGAAACUUAACCGCUAACAUGCCUGGGUCAAGGGCUGGGGUCUUUACUGCCUAAUUAGAUCAUGAUGAGGGGUUGGUGGGUGUGUCCUAACCUCUUUGGCUCUUCUGUCACACAAAAACACAACCAGAACUAUCUGAGAUAUGGUGUGCUGGUUAGUUGUAUGUCAACUUGACACAAACUAAAGUCAUCUGAGAGGAGGGAGCCUCAACUGAGGAGAUGCCUCUGUAAAAUCAGACUGUAGGCAAAGCUAUAGGGCAUUUUCUUAAUUAGUGGUUGAUAGGGGAGGACCCAGCCCACUGUGGGUGGGGCCAUCCUAAGCUAGUGGUCUUGGGUUAUAUAAAAAAGCAGGCUGGGCAAACCAUGAGAAGCAAGCCAGUAAGCAGCACUCCUCCAUGGCCUCUGCAUCAGCUCGUGCCUCCUGAUUCAUGCCCUGUUUGAGUUCCUGUCCUGGUUUCUUUCCAUGAUGGACCAUGAUGUGGAAGUGUAAACUGAAUAAACCCUUUCCUCUCC